UGAAGUUAAGAGUGAUUAGCCUGCGAUUAGUUUAUUUAUUGUAUUUUAUAGUGACAUUAAUAGUUAUAAAUGGAAGAAACAUUUGAUAUUGAUUCUUUUAAUGUAGAAGCAGGUCCUUCUACUACAAAACCUAAAGAGCCUGUUAAAAACAAUCUUCCUUGGGUUGAAAAGUAUAGACCCAUGAAAUUUGAAGACAUUGUAGGAAAUGAAGAUACUGUAAGGAGAUUGUCUAUUUUCUCAGAAAGUGGCAAUGUUCCUAAUAUUAUAAUAGCGGGACCCCCUGGUGUAGGCAAGACAACUACAAUAUUAUGUCUUGCUCGUAUUCUAUUAGGAGAUGCAUUCAAAGAUGCGGUAUUAGAAUUGAAUGCAUCAAAUGAUCGUGGAAUUGAUGUUGUACGGAAUAAAAUUAAAAUGUUUGCUAUGAAAAAAGUAACACUGCCUAAGGGAAAACAUAAAUUUGUGAUAUUGGAUGAGGCUGACAGCAUGACUGAAGGCGCUCAACAAGCCAUGCGUAGGACUAUGGAGUUAUAUGCAAAUACUACUAGGUUUGCUUUAGCUUGUAAUACAAGUGAUAAACUCAUAGAAGCUAUACAAUCCCGUUGUGCAAUGUUAAGAUAUACACGUUUAACAGAUGCUGAAGUUAUGGCAAAAGUGUUGCAGAUUUGCAGAUUGGAGCAGCUAUCAUACACUGAAGAUGGUUUAGAAGCAAUAGUAUUUACUGCACAGGGUGAUAUGAGACAAGCUUUAAACAAUUUGCAGUCAACUGCUAACGGAUUUGGAAAAAUUACUGGUGAAAAUGUAUUUAAAGUAUGUGAUGAGCCCCAUCCACUUCUGAUCAAAGACAUGCUCCAAUUGUGCAUUAGCGGAGAUGUACAUAAAUCUUGCAAAAUCAUACAAAAAUUGUGGGAUCUUGGUUAUGCUGCUGAGGAUAUUGUGGGCAAUAUAUUUCGUGUAUGCAAAAAAAUUGAAAUGGAUGAAGGCAUGAAAUUAUCGUUUAUUAAGGAAAUUGGAAUAACACAUCUGCGUAUUAUAAAUGGAACCAACUCACUGUUGCAGUUGUCAGGAUUGAUAGCAAGACUUUGCAAGGCUGCCCUGUCUUAAACAUAAUGUGAUAUUAUCUAAAAAA